UUGUAUACUAUAUGGCAGCCCGCCUACUAGGUAGCACCGCGCUGACGUAUCGAUCAGAGGUUUCGGGCGCGGUAGUUGCUGCUCUAGGGUUACCAUUGGGUCCAAAUGGCUCCUAAAGUGUCAUCUGCCUCUAAGGAGGCUGCGCACAGCAGCGUCGACCGUCCUCUGGUUAUAGAGGAGUUGGAGACACCUCACGACCGCACUGGAGUAAUAAACGGUGCCGUUAAAUAUCUUGCCGGGUCCUGUAACGCCCAGUAUCCACUUUGUUACGCAGAUCCAGCACCUGAGGAAAAGUUCUUCCCCUGCCAAGAAUAUGAUACCGAAGACUGCAAUUAUGAACCUGAUAGUUUCUACGGUAUAGUAACGUCGUCGAUAGAUAGCUACAGCGAUGCGGAUUCUGAUCUAGUCUACGUGCGCAAUAUAUGUCAUGACAACAAUUCACGUGGUCUAACAAAAGAUGGACCAAAGGAUCACAAUGAUGUUUAUAACGCCCAUGUGAGCACACCGAAGCGUGUGAUACAAAGCGUCUCUGCAGCCCGUGAGUUGGAUUCCUGCGUAAAGGUUAAUCCCGUCUCUAAAGAAGGUGUCUCGUCUUAUCCCCCCAAGGAAUGUGCAGUUGCACGUUCCGAUGCAACGGAUGUGUGCACAAUUGUUGAACCUGCCCUGAAACUUGUUUCUUCAGAUACUGCCCUCGCAGGAAGACAACCUAGUACCGUAACGGUGUCCCCGGCUUCCACUUCUAGGCCGGAGCGAUUUAAGAUGUCACCAUACCGCAGUUCAUCCAUGGAAGCGCCAUUGAACAGUUCAGGCGUUGCAUGGACCCCUAGUUCAGCACGGUCAUCGACUAAUCGGUUGAUACCCAGCUGCGAUAAUGACCUAAUGAGCUUUGCAAAAGAUUUCAGGAAGAAGUAUGGAGGCACCCAAUCCUCCGAGACCUAUGUCAACCAUGAUGAUAUACACCUAUAUGCAAAUAACCAAUUCACGCCGGAUUCCAUGAACGCAUUCAUCGGAAUGGGUACCAAACAGGUGUGCCAAAGGAAGCCUGAAAACAAUAGAUACGCCAAGACGGUAUCAACCUACUAUGGCACCGCUAAAGCCCAGCAAAUGGGCGACGCCAUAAAGACUUAUGGCAGUGGUUGCAACAGCUCUGAAACCACAUUGGCAACACCAGAGCUGGGUCAUAACCCUUCAUUGGAUAUUUUGCUACGCGGGUGUCAUUCAUGCAUAGAGCGUAAGCAUCGCCCGGUUUCCAUGGCUCCGCAGCAUGUCGAGCCCCGUGGACACCAUCAACGGACAAUGAGUUAUCCCAACCAUGUUAGAGGCAUGUCGAACAAGGUUGGAACGUAUGCAGCAAUGGCUCCACCGAUACCAACUGCAAAGGAUGGAGUACACCAUAAGAACCACGUAAUGAUUGGAAUGUACCGCAACUUCGAAAGUGAGCAUGCCAUGCACAACCUUCCAUGCCCAGACUGUACGUCGCAAAUCAGGCACGAUAUAGGUACAGCAUACGAAAAUAGCCUAAGCCAAGUUCCAGAAGUCGCUGCUAGGAUGGGUGUGAAGUGCUAUGGCACGAAUGUGCCGAAGUUACAGGUACCAGCCCCUAUAACUGUCAAUGACCCUCGGUACGCCGUGCAUCCACAACGUGAUAUCACGACGCCAUAUUCAGAUGAUCUGCCGCCAAGCACUACACAUGAAGUUGCCAGUUCCGGGCUCCAGGAAGGCUAUUGUCACAUAGCUACUAACGGGAUUGACAAUGCGGCAAUGUUCACAGCUAUGCAUUCACGGAAAACUAGUGACCAUGUGCGCGACAGGAUGGAUCCAUACAACCGGAAUCGCUACUGGGCAACUAACGAUGCAGUGCCCACGAAUUUGUUCAUGUCGAACGCAGCCGCACGACGUGACAACUGCGACGUUCAUAGGGGCUACGCCGAUCUACGUGUGCCACCAUCACAAGUUGAUUUUAACUUAUCAGAUCCACCAAUGGAGCGUAAUGAUCACACCAGUGCCCACCCAGUCCUUGAGCCACAAUCGCAAGAUGACGUGAAUCUUAGCAAGUUCCCUGGGAUAUUCAACUAUAACAACGACAAGAUAUCUAAUGUCAAUUUGUAUGACUCCAGUCGGGCUAUGCUGGGCGAUUCUAGGAACCAAGGAGAUGAAGUAUUGCUCACUAGGGCAGAAAACUCACCAGCAGAUUACAUUAGCGACUGCGAACUUACAAGACGUAACCAGGAUAUAUCAGAUGAAUACAAACCGGCAGUGAAUGAAUUAAUGUCAUUUGCUAAUGACUUGGACUCAUACAUACCAGGGAGUAACUUACACGCCCAAGGCUACCAGACGUCAAUAGAACUGGAUAUAUUUGAUGGUGACGACAGGACUAUGAAAAACACGGCUAAUGUCCACGAGAGUAUUUUUAAUGAUCCACGAAAGUCACGAAUGCGAUCUGGAGAUCCAGGAGACACUUCACUGGAUCGUGAUAUUGCAAUGCGCAACGAAUCGCCAAUAAGUAAUCCAAAAGCUCAACCCAAAAUACACGCAGUCAUACAGAGCUUACAGAAUAUGAUGGUUACACUCUCGCGACGCGUAGACAACUCAAGAGAUAUAAAUCGCAACAUACGAGCUGAUUCCACAGAGUUUGCUAUGGAUCGUGAGGGUAACCAAAUCACAGCAUGUAGAACAAAGGUUUCAAUGAAUUCGUCUGCAGCUUCAAGUGACUACGUAAGAAUGCCCUCAGAUGACUGCCAAAGCGUGGAAUUCCCCGAGGACACCUUGGAGGUGGAUAACUAUCCACGAGGAUCGGAUAACCAUAGAAACUACCCAAUGGGUACUUUACCCACACAGAAGUUGGAACAAGAUCUAAAAUUAGCGCCGAUAGUGGAGCUGAUAAAAGAACUAAACCCAAAUAUCGACAGUAACACCCUGGCGGAAGUACUCUCAAGGGCUAACUCAAGUAUGCUAUUUGACGAUGCUGCCGUGCCGGCAACGGGUUCGAAGAGGCGUACGAUAAUACCUCCAGUGGGUAACAUCUUCGACGAUUCAGGGGAAAUUUCACAACGAUCUAGUGAUCUAGGGACUAGGAAUAACCAAGUUACUGUUGGGACACAGACGUGCUACAGGGAGAUACAGCCAUGUAGCAGUCAAUCGUCUGCUGUAUGGACCCCAAUAGUUGUUGAGUCAAUAGAACCAGAGGUAUAUGCUGACCUCAGUUCCAACCCACGCCAAAUGGUUGAUGCGAGCACAAAUACAGCUCCAGAACAGAAAAGUACCCCGAGGAUUAUGAACCGCAUAACAACGCCCACGUUUGAUUUUAGAAUGGAUGAACCACGUGAAGCCGCACCUUUCACCAAGGAGGCCCUGCUAUCACGAUUGUCAGAUACGCCACAUAGAAUGGUUAUCAGAAGCGGCAGCGACGAUCGCUCUGACGGAUAUAAUGACCCAGCAAGCCAACGUGUGAACGCCUAUGGAAACAUCAAUGCGAAACCCAUAAGAUCAAUAAGCCUCCCGGACGGGUUAACCGAAGAAGAGCUUCUCGAGGCGUACAACGAAGUGGUCAAGCUAACGCGUAUCUUCCACGUCAAGGAUAUUAAAUCGUUAACGCGCGCUGUAACAGCACGAGUUAACAGACCAUACCCCUAAACUCAAUAGGCAUAAAUGUUUUAUUAGCAU